GCUUAUAGGCGCAUGCCCUUCGGCUUAUGCAACGCACCAGGUACUUUCCAAAGAUGUAUGCUUUCCAUUUUCUCAGAAUACAUUGAAAAUAUUAUUGAAGUCUUUAUGGACGACUUUAGUGUCUUUGGUAAAGAUUUUGAUACUUGUUUAGAGAAUCUAGGAUUGAUACUUGAGAGGUGUGUAGAAACUAACCUUGUGCUGAAUUGGGAGAAGUGUCACUUCAUGGUGACACAAGGAAUAGUGUUAGGAUUUUAUAGGCGGUUCAUCAAAGACUUCUCCAAGGUGGCGAGACCUAUGUGUGCCCUAUUGCAAAAGGACGUACCCUUUGUGUUCAAUGAGGAUUGCAAGAAGGCGUUUGAAAAGCUCAAGGAGUUGUUGACCACGGCCCCCAUCAUAUGCCCUCCGGAUUGGAGUCUACCCUUCGAGCUUAUGUGUGAUGCAUCAGACUAUGCUGUUGGAGCUGUGUUGGGCCAGAGGAAGGAUAAAAAGCCCUAUGCUAUUUACUAUGCUUCUCGGACCCUCAACGACGCCCAGCUCAACUACUCCACCACUGAAAAAGAACUCUUGGCUGUAGUCUUUGCUUUAGAUAAGUUUCGUUCUUAUUUAUUGCACUCUAAAGUAAUUGUUUACUCUGACCAUGCAGCCUUGAGAUUUCUGAUGAUCAAGAAGGAGGCCAAGCCCAGAUUAAUUCGAUGGAUCCUGUUGCUUCAGGAAUUUGACUUAGAGAUCAAGGACAAGAAGGGCAGCGAGAAUGUGGUGGCGGACCAUUUGAGCAGGAUAGUACACGAGGAUGUUUGGGGCAUUGACUUUAUGGGCCCAUUUCCCUCGUCUAAUGGUUGUUUAUAUAUACUAUUGGCUGUGGACUAUGUAUCAAAGUGGGUGGAAGCAAAAGCCACCAGGACUAACGAUUCAAAAGUGGUUGCAGGUUUCUUGAAAACUAACAUAUUUUCCAGGUUUGGAGUGCCACGUGUGCUAAUCAGUGAUGGAGGUUCUCACUUUUGUAACCGUACAAUCGAGGCUUUGCUGAAGAAGUAUGGGGUAACCCAUAAGGUGUCCACGCCCUACCACCCUCAGACCAGUGGCCAAGCAGAGGUAUCCAACAGGGAGAUCAAGAGGAUACUUGAGAAGACAGUGGGCCCGACAAGGAAGGAUUGGAGCCAGAGAUUGGAUGAUGCGUUGUGGGCCUACAGAACGGCCUACAAGACGCCUAUUGGGAUGUCUCCCUUUAGGUUGGCCUACGGAAAGGCAUGCCACCUUCCAGUGGAGCUAGAGCACAAGGCUUGGUGGGCUGUCCAGAAGUUCAACAUGGAUUAUGAUGAAGCGGGCCUACAUAGGAAGCUACAGCUAAAUGAGCUUGAGGAGAUAAGGAAUGAGGCCUACGAUGCUUCAUGGAUCUACAAGGAGAAGACAAAGGCCUACCAUGACAAAAUGUGGAUCCUCCAGAGCCACAAGAAGGCCCAAGUGGCCUAUAAUGAAGAAGAAGAUGUUGUGGAGGUGUCCAAGAAGGAUGUUGAGAAGGACCCAGCUACAUCAAUGGUGGAAGUUAACGUGCCCCAAGCUGAGGCACACCAAAGGUUUUCUGAAGCACUGGUUGAGGAGGCAUUGGCUAUGACCCUAGCGGAGGGGGUCGAAUAUGAUGCACAUGGAAAACCUAUCCCCAAGGUUGAGUGGGACGUUGAAGAGCCCAGAGUGAUCAAGACUGUGGCCUCACUUGAGGCUCAGCCUAUAAAGAGGUCCAGUUCCUAUUUGUCAACUCCAGUUUCUACUAAUAAAAUGUUGCCCUCUAUGGUUCAGGCACCCAAGUUGGAAUUGAAGGUACUCCCUGAGCAUUUGAAGUACGCGUACCUAGGAGAAAAGGAGACCCUCCAGUGA